GUAGCAACAAGCAUGCUUCAUAUAAAUAGCCUGAUAGAAGGCUCCUGUCAUCUCUCUCUCUCCCUUAUAGACUGGCAUCAGUCGUGGUCUUCAGUAUAUUGCUUUAAACUGUAAGCGUUGAUCUUACCUAGGUGCCGCUAUGGGUAUUGUAGAUGGAGUUAAGUCGGCCUCCCUAUUCGGGAAGCUAGCAUUCUUUAUGUUAGCGGUAGCUUUGCUGUUCGUGUACAUCGCCUUCGCCACGACCGGGUGGGGAGAAAACGACACGGGGAAACACUGGGGGCUAUGGCGCAUAUGUGGCAACAACGUGUACUCGCCCGGGUGUACACAAGUGGACGGAUGGGCUGUCGAUUGGUAUGCCGCCGUCCAGGCACUGGCUAUAUUCGGUUUCGUGGGCAUCAACGUCGCUUUCCUGUUGGUUUGUCUUCUUCUCUUCACCUCUCAGUGUGGGGGCAACAAAGAGGUCAGCAUGGGCGCUGCCAUCGUGUGCAUCGUCACAGGCGCACUGCUGCUGAUCGGGUGUAUAGUAUUUGGCGCUGAGUUUGACGAUCUCUUCAUCGACAAGAACCUAGUGAAACACAAACUUUCAUACUCGUUUGGGUUAGCUAUUGUGGCCAGCCUUCUUGAAAUAGUCUCCGGAGUUUUGCUAUUGCUUGAAGGAUUAGGAAAAGGAACAUCACCUUCCGGCUAAGCGGAGACGAGAUGUGGAAUGAUGACUGUUACUAACAACCGUUGAACUUAAUGAAAACAAUGAGAGGUUAUGAUGCGUGUCUGAGUAGUGUGCAGCACAGCACGUCAUGUUUAUAGAACGUCUAGAAAAGGAAUUAUUCUUAAGUUGUCGACAUCCGUCCUUGUGUAUGAAAAACUGUGUUAUGACGUAGUAUCGGAUAAUGAUAUAGGUGCAAAUAAACAUCCGUGAUGCCAGUCUUGUCAACGAUAUCUAGAUCCACAUGUCUUGUUAACGCUAUCCUCUCUUGAUCCACAAGCGUUAUAUACGAUAUCUAGAGUCUCAUCGAACAUUGUUUGUGAUAUCUGGAGUCUCAUCGAACAUUGUUUGUGAUAUCUGGAGUCUCAUCGAACAUUCUUUGUGAAUCGAACAUUGUUUGUGAUAUCUGGAGUAUCAUCGAACAUUGUUUGUGAUAUCUGGAGUCUCAUCGAAUAUUGUUUGUGAUAUCUGGAGUCUCAUCGAACAUUCUAUGUGAAUCGAACAUUGUUUGUGAUACUCUGCCAGAGUGUGACUCCAGAUAUUCAUUCCAAGAGCCUCGCCUCAGCUUUUGCUGACGCUUGUAAAAAACAAUAAGAGGUUUUUUUAUUUAAUUUUCUAAAUAAAAAAUAC